CGAACAUUCUCGGCGCCGGUCAGGUUAUUGACGGUCUUACUCUUGAUCCACCCAUUUUUUUAUUUAUUGCUCCAAGUUUAGUUGGAAUAAAACAAAACAAAACAAAUCUGAAAUGGAUUCUCAACCGAAGAAUGUUGGAAUUCUCGCUAUGGAGAUUUACUUUCCUCCUACUUGCCUUCAACAGGAAGUAUUGGAGGCUCAUGAUGGAGCAAGCAAAGGCAAGUAUACAAUUGGUCUUGGACAAGAUUGCAUGGGCUUUUGCACUGAGGUUGAAGAUGUUAUAUCAAUGAGCUUGACAGCAGUUACUUCCCUUCUGGAGAAGUAUGCUAUUGAUCCAAAACAAAUUGGUCGGCUAGAGGUUGGAAGUGAAACUGUUAUUGAUAAGAGCAAAUCCAUCAAGACAUUCUUAAUGCAAAUAUUUGAGAAACAUGGAAAUACUGACAUUGAAGGAGUUGACUCAACUAAUGCCUGCUAUGGGGGAACUGCUGCAUUGUUCAACUGCGUAAAUUGGGUGGAGAGCUCUUCAUGGGAUGGACGCUAUGGUCUUGUAGUAUGCACGGAUAGCGCGGUCUAUGCAGAGGGACCUGCUCGGCCUACUGGAGGAGCUGCAGCCAUUGCAAUGCUUGUAGGGCCUGAUGCUCCUAUAGUAUUUGAAAGCAAGAUCAGGGCUAGCCAUAUGUCACACGCCUAUGAUUUUUACAAGCCCAUCCUUGACAGUGAAUAUCCAGUGGUUGAUGGUAAGCUUUCACAAACCUGUUAUCUCAUGGCACUUGAUACUUGCUACAAGAGUUUAUGCAACAAAUAUGAGAAAUUGGAAGGCAAGCAAUUUUCAAUGGUGGAUGCAGCCUACUUUGUGUUCCAUUCACCAUACAACAAGCUCGUGCAGAAGAGCUUUGGUCGAUUGGUGUUUAACGACUUUCUAAGGAAUGCUAGCUCUAUUGACGAGUCUGCCAAACAAAUCCUCGCCCCCUUUGAGUCCUUAGCCGGUGAUGAAAGCUACCAAAGCCGGGAUCUUGAGAAGGCAUCCCAGCAAGUUGCUAAACCAUUUUAUGAUGAGAAGGUCCAACCUACCACAUUGAUACCGAAACAAGUUGGGAACAUGUACACCGCAUCUCUGUAUGCUGCUUUUGCAUCCCUCCUUCACAAUAAGCAUGCCACAUUGGCUGGUCAGCGGGUAAUCAUGUUCUCCUAUGGGAGUGGAUUGACUGCAACAAUGUUUUCACUGAAGUUUAAUGAAGGUCAACAUCCUUUUAGCUUGUCAAACAUUGCAAGUGUGAUGAAUGUUGCAGAGAAGUUGAAAUCGAGACAUGAGUUCACUCCUGAAAAAUUCGUCGAAAUAAUGAAACUAAUGGAGCACAGAUAUGGUGCCAAGGACUUUGUGACUAGCAAGGAUUGCAGCCUGCUCGCACCAGGAACCUACUACCUAACAGAAGUUGAUUCCAAGUACAGAAGGUUUUACGAGAAGAAGGCUCCCGAGCAUGGACACGUCAAUGGACACUAAACAAGGCCCUUACACUGGGUAAGGCCAUAUAGUUGGCCAGUGUUCUUUUAGUUAUUGUCAGCACAUAGAAGAAUAACUAGUGCUACGGCAAAUUGGAUUGUUAUUACAUGUAGUUUCUUUUCCAGAGUAGAUCUUAUGCCUUUGUUUUUUCUUUUUUCAGUUUCCGACGGGUUCUAAUGUUCUGUAUCUCCUGUCUUCAUCUGUUUGUGAAAUGAUUGUAGAUGAUUGUAAAAGUCAUCAACCUAGUCUUUGAUUGAAAUUCAUUAAGCAGAUUUUCUCA